AUGAAAAAAAGAAACAAGACUCAUCGAAGAGCAAAUCAAAAUGCUCUAUUUGAUGAUGAUCUCUUUCAAGAAGAACCAAAAGAAAAGAAGAAAAAGGAACAAGAAGUAGUUCAAAAAUCGUCAACACUCUUUGAGGACUCUUUAGAAGAGAGAGAAGACAAGAUGGCAACCCAAAAGAAGAAGAAAGCCUUGAAGAAGAAAAAGGACUCUUCCAUUGAUAAUGAAGAAGUAGCAAUAACAAAGAAAACAGAUUCUAAGGAGAAAGAGUCUGUUGAAAACAAACUACCUGUAUCAAAGAAGCAAGAAGAUAAGAACUUAAAAGAUGAAACAAUAAAGGACUCUAAGAAUGAAUCUGAAAAAGAUAUAACUUCUUGGAAGAAGAAAUUAGAAGAGAAAAGACAUGACAAGGAGAAAGAGGGUCAAAAAAGAGAAAGCUACCAAAUCUGA